GCAUUGAGGUCGAGGAAGUUGGAAGUGUUGAUUCCAAAUGUCAAUCGCCUCAGCCUCGGCUAGGGUUCAGUAGUCUCUGUCGCAAUUGCUUUAAACUUGUUGUAUUCUGUUGGCCUCCGGCCGUAUAUAGACUUGCGGUCUCUCCUUGAUGCCCUCACGACUCUUCAACAUCCUGUUCACCCUCUCCAAGCUCACACGGCCUGGCGCCUUUCGGGCCCCGCUUCGAGCUCUCAACAACACCACCACCCUCAGGUCGAUGCCCUCAAUCCCCUUCCUCGGCGCUUUAUUCGGAACUUCAGCUUCAGCAUCGAGCGCGAAGAAGCCCGCCAUGGCACAGCAAUAUCCCGACCAGCGCAGUGAUGACGAGUGGCGUGCCGUUCUCAGCCCAGAACAAUUUCGCAUCCUGCGUGAGAAAGGCACUGAACCUCCGGGCUCCGGGAAAUACGACAAGCACUACCCGGAUUCUGGCGUGUACACGUGCGCUGGGUGCAACGCGCCACUUUACAAGGCACGGCAUAAGUUCAGCUCGGGCUGCGGCUGGCCGGCCUACUUCGACAGCAUCCCGGGUGCCGUGGUGCGGCACGAGGAUAGGACGUUCGGGAUGCUCCGUACUGAGAUUGUGUGUGCUAAGUGUGGUGGCCAUCUAGGGCAUGUUUUCAAGGGAGAGGGCUUCCCCACGCCGACGGAUGAGAGGCAUUGUGUGAAUAGCGUCUCGUUGAAUUUUACGCCGGAGGAGGCAGAAGACGGCACGAGUGGGGAGGAUAAAGAGGAGAGUAAGGCCUAGGUGUGGGAGGGAUGGAUGGAUUGAUGAACUUCUAGUAGUGGCCAACCGAAUGUGAAGUUGUCGUUUCGAGAUCAUACGCCGAAGGCAGUGAGAUUACCAAGCUACG